AUGAUAAGAUUAUACACUAUUAGAUUUGGCAGAUUAUUCCUUCCCCUUCUUAUUCUCGUAAUAUUUAAUUCUAUAAGGUCAUCUAAAGCUGUUAGAUUGGAGAAUUAUGAAAUUUUGGUUGAAGAUCAAAAAGAUGGAAUUGAAAAGUCUCAAAAACAAAAUGAAGUUUGUGAAAUCAACACAAUAGGAGAAUCAUGUAGUGGGAGAAUAUUAAAACUAAAGGAAAGCAUACAACAAGGAGUAGUAUUAAACAUUAAGACUGAAUUUUCAAUAGUUGAUUUAGGUUCUAGUGGAAAUGAUAAUACAACAAUGGUAGGGUCAGCUCCUGUUUCUAAUUCUGUUGGUCAUUCCUCUUUAUCUUCUCCAUCCAAAUUAUUUAGAAAUAGUCAGAAAGAUGAAGGCAAAAAUGCUGUGAAUAUAGAAUUGCAAAGUGAAAUCUACUCUUUACAAGAGAAUAUUAAAGAGAACAAAGAGAAAAAACAGGAAGAGAAAGAUAUUGAAGAGGAAGACAAGAAGAAAGACGAAAUGGAGAAAAAGAAAGAAGAUAUGGGGACAAAGAAGGAAGAAAAGGAAAACAAGGAGACGGAAGAAAAAAAGGAGACAGAGGAAAAAAAGCAGACAGAGGAAAAAAAGCAGACGGAAGAAAAAAAGGAUGAAAGUAAGGGAAAGGAAGAGUAUAACCAAGUAAAAAAAGAAAGUAAUGACAAAGAAAAGAAGGAAAACAAACAGAUCCAAAGUCAUUCUGAAAAGGAAACCAGUAAAGUAAUUCAAGAAGUUGGUAUUAAAGAUGCCAACUCUUCAACUGGUAACUUUACCACAAAUAUGACUAUUUCUGCAGAUAUUGGGACUUUGAUGCAUGGAGCAGACGUAGAAAAACAUUCAAUUGAUUUGGAUCAUCUUGAAACUAUGGAUUUAAAACCAAAAAAAGUCAACAUUACAGAAAACAGCUUAUUUUUGAACAAUACUAAUGAUCAUUUUAAUGUAUCUAGUUCUCAUUCUAUGAACUCUAUUAAAAAUACUAAUUCAACCAAAAAUGGAACUCAUUUUGAGAACUUUAUUAAUACAGGAAAUAACACUAACUCAACAAAUUCUGUUAUUAACUUUAACCAUACUAGUUCAGACAAAAAUGUAACUCUUGGCACUAUUAAUCCAAUAAAUUCAACUAAUUAUACAAAUCCUUUGAAUAUAACUAAUUCCACAAGUUCUAAUAUUUUUGUUAACUCUACAAUAGAAACGGGUAAAAACAAACAAAUUUUAGGUUUAAGAAAUAAAAAGAGUGAAAAUACAACCGAAAAACCAAAGGAGAUAAAUAAAUCAACUAGUGAUCAAGCUAUCAAAGACUCAAAUAGUACAGGAGAAGAACUUUUUGACCAAAUUAAAACCAGUUCAGAAAAUAAUACAGAAAUAAAUGAAAAGUAUGACCAAAAAUCUAAACGUCAUCAUAUUCUAAUUGAUGAUGAUGAUAUGGAUCAAGAUACUAUAAAUAAUCAAAAGGAAGUGAAUUCAACAGAAAAUCAUAUUUUAAAAAACGAAACAAAAGAAAUUUCAUUUGAUUUGGAGAAUUAUAUGAUCAUGUAUAACAUUACAUCAAGUAAUGGAAUUCAAAAAUACUUGUUAUUAUUAAAUAAAGAUGAAAUUGUUUUGGUAAAUACUUUAUUAAAUGAUAUGGCUCCUCACGUUGGUCAUAAUAGUAAUACAAAUAAACUACCAUUAUUUAUAGAAGCUACUUUAAAUGGUGUUAAUAGAGCAAUUAACAUGAAUAAUAGGAUGACUACAUUACAGUCUAAUAUUAACAAACAUUUUAAUCAUCAAAGAGAAUUAUUAGAAAAAAAUGAUACAUCAUAUAAACAAAAAAGUAAUAGUUUUGUAGGGUCAAUUUCAAAGUUUAAAAUUCCAAGUGAAUUAUUUCCUUUGAAUAAAAAUCAAAUUAUAAUUGAUAUUAAUUUAAUUCAAAGCAAUAUAUCAUUAUAUGCAUAUAUUCAAUUGGAAACAACUUCUAACAAUCAAAAUGAGAUGAUAAGACUAACCACUACUUUAGGUGUUAGCUCACUUGGAGUUGACGAUGUUACUGAUGUAAUAGUAAAAGAUCAAAAUAAAGUAAAUAUUACAUCAACAAUAUUUACUUUAAAGGAAAACAAUGAUAGCAAUGAUGAAAAUAACAACUAUAAUAGUAGUAAUAUGAGUCCAAACUAUGAGAUAUCUAAACAUCCAGUUCAGAAAUCUUUCUGGAAAUCAAUUCUUAAAUCUUAUAGUAAUAGAGGUGAAAAUAACUGA